AUGCAAAAGUAUCAAUCAAUUCGUCAAUCACAAACACAAGCAUCCCAAGCAAAACAAACGCCUCCAGCCAUAAGGCCUACUGAGGGCAACUGCAUUGAUUGCAGCUAUCAAACUGUAGGUGAUUUCUUGAAUUACCUCCAUCUGGAACAAUAUUUCGAUACAUUUCUGGAAGAGGGGUUCGAUUCGAUCAACUCACUUCUAGAAAUCACCGAAGAAGACAUGAUUUUUAUGAACGUGAAACGAGGUCACAGAAGGCUUCUUCAACGAGAAAUUGCUACAAUUAAAGGAUUAUCGCGCGACCAACCAUUAAUAACGAAUAUGAUGGGUCCAAAAUACCCAACGGAAUUUUCAAAUUCGUCGGCUCCAAAAAUGGAAGAUAUAGCAAAACGGCAAAACUUAUUGAGUAAUGCAGGCUUUGUAAAUUCUGACAUGUUGGCAAUGAUGCCUAAUUAUGAUAAUAUUGCAACAGGUUUGACAAGCCCUCGAAGUAUGAAUAGUGGCAUCGGCAGUAGUAGUAUUGAUGGCUGCAUUGGUAACAGCUCAAGUUCAACCUUACGGUCCAGAAUACCUCAUCAACAGGCAUCACAGCAAGUUCCAGUGCAUCAGCACCAGUCUAUUCAACAACCGCAAUUCGGAUACCCCCCCUAUAUACAGCAUACGCAACUCCCAGCACCGCAUUGUCAAUACGCUGAUAGUGGCAUCGGCAGCAAUUCUAAUUCUAGUUUCAUGGUAGAUCAUAAUAAUAGUGAGCUCAGCAAUAAGCCAAUAAUCAACAAUGGUAACAGUAAGAGCAGUAACAACAACAAUGAUAACGACAUGAGUAUCAAUAGUGUCGAUCAGGAAAAUAGAAGCGCAACGAGUCCUAUAUUAGUCACUACUCGUAAUAAUAGCACCUCAUCCAACGAUGAUAAUGAUUCUACUGAUACUAACGACUCUAUUCCAACCAAAAGAAAAUACAGACGCCAUGCUAAGCCGGAUCGUUAUGCUCCUGUUAAGCCCCCCUCUGCUUAUAUUAUGUUUUCCAACGAUGCUCGUGCUCAAUUGAAAGACAAAAAUUUAUCCUUUGCUGAGCUUGCCAAAAUCGUAGGCGAACAAUGGAAGAAUCUGAGUCAUGGCGAACGGCAAAACUACGAAAGAAUGGCUAUGCGUGCCAAGGAUGAAUACCUAGCUGCUUUGGAGCAAUACAGACAGACGCCUCAAUAUGAGCGCUAUCAAGAAUACCUCAGUGAUUUCAAAGCUAAACAAGAGGCCGCCAAUCGCUUGAUCGGUAGAGUGAGAAAAAGAGCAAAGCAUCCCUCUCCCGGUAGCGGCAGCAUUGCUGACACAAGUUCAAAUGGUGCCUCGAACGGUAAUGGUAGCUCUGGUAGCGGUUCGGGAGGUGACAUAUUUGAAGACAAAGAAAUAAGACAUCAAGGAAGAAGUUCGGACGAAGAAAUCAUCGUAGGCCAAAGUCAACAGGCUCCAGAAUACAAUAGCGGCAGCAGUAGUAGCAGUGGUAAUAAUAAUAGUAAUACUGAGCUACUUCAACUUUCUCAUUAUCGUCAUAACCACGGCAAUAAUACGGGACGCGGUAGCGGUAGUGGCAGCGGCAAUAACAGCAACAACAGCAACAAUUCCAAUCAAUUCAGAUCCUCAGAUAGCGGCUAUCAAUCGCAGCCUUUUACCGACACUGCCAACAAUCAGCAAACUAACGAUUUCCGAUCUAGCCAAAUAAUGCGUGGUAUGCUACCUGUUGACUUUUUUCACAGUACACUCUCAAAGCCUCCUUCUGCGCAUUCAUAUUCUUCGUCUUCCUCUGCGAGACCACAAAUUUCAACAAUUCCCAGAAAUUCAUCUAAUGCUACAACACAACAAUCGUUGUCUUCAAUCGACACCUUGGAUGGCUCUAUACCUACCUAUGAUGGCCAACAACAACAGCAAAUAAACCAACAACACCACAGUAAUAAAAGCCAAAGUGAAGCCGUAGAAAUGUACGAAGUUGAUGCAGUCGACGACGAAGUCAAUGAAGAUACCUCGCCUGUUGAUUCUCGUGUUCUUAGUCAUCCGGAUAAUGAAAAUAACAGUAAUAGUAGUAAAAACGGUACGGAUAUCCAGCAUCGUAAUAACAAUGGGAAUUAUAGUCAUUUUGGCGGUAGCAGUAGCACCAGCAACAAUAAUACCGGUCGAAAACUCACUAGAAGAAGCCCUAGAAUCGCAAAGACAAAAAAGGUGACUCACGAUGAUACUACCACAAGCAACAACCCUAAUAACAAUAAUCGACGAAAUAAUUGA